AUGGUUCGCAUCAUCUUCAACGUCCGCGGUACCGACUAUCCCCACGACCUACUCCGCCGUCUCCUCGUUACCUCGAAAUAUAUCACCAACAACGGCCGUGAGCAAGCUGCUGGCCGCAAGCCUGAGCUACGCCUUAAAUUUAACCUGCGCCAUGUUGGCCACAUGUGGCGGCACUAUUGGGCAAACAAAUGCUCUACCGAGAAGUACGAGUACGACUGCUACCUCGACCUCCUGGCCUGCCUUUGUCUGAGCCACUGCCUUGGUGAUGAUACCUUCGAGGAGGCCGUUAGAACGACAAUCAUCGGCAAACUGCGCAUUGGCAGUGAUCAGGCGAUCUUCAUCGCUUGCCUCAACGAGUUUGAGAAGAAAUCAUCUGUUCGCGCCAUCAUCGUCAACGUCACCGCCUAUCUUGUCCAGCGCAACGGCUAUCCGCGAGGUUACGUCACAGCAGUUGCCGCCCAGGCCUUCGAAGAGAUGCUUUGCUUCAAUUUCAGUGAUCACGUCACCGAGUCCGAGGUAGCUUUUAUGCCUCCAAAGUCUAAAGAGAAGCCUGCGACGUGGGAGAUUUUGGCAUCGCGCCUCAAGCCUCGUGUUACUGGCGACAUCAAUGCUUGUCGCAAGUAG